AUGGUAUACACACACAACCGUGUUUCAUUUCUGACUUUCGCUGACGGUCAUAUAGAUCCUACAUUCAUGAGGACCGUCUUCAGGCUCCUCUAUCGGUGGAUGCUUAACGACUCUAAGACUCUGAGGCUUGAGCGGCACGAAUCCGCCAAACUCAUUGAACUAGGAGUCAUCCCUCUCCCUUCUCUCGACCUUCUACCACCGAGUUACUUUACGUGCCAAGUGGGCGACGAUAUGUCUUUGACAGAGGCAUAUGGCGCAGCAUCAUUGAUGGCGCUCCUUGGGUCUCCUGGCGCCGAUAUCUUCAAGGAUCGUAUGAAAGAGGCCAUGACUGUGGAUGCAUUGACUCAGAAGGACAUUUUCGAAAGAUUCAUGAUAUGGACACUCAUGAACAAUCUGGGAAAAGAGGACGGGUGUGUAUUGGAGGAUAUCUUUCACUUUCCCGAUGAUGCUCCUCCGUGGACCAAGCAGCCUUAUCGGUUGAUCUCAUUUACGAGAGAGAACAAUGUCCCUGUCCCUGUUACGUGGAAGUCGGGAGCUUCACGUCGACUUGGCUUUAGAGCCCGAGAACCGGCUGAUAUCGAGAACUGGUUGAAGGACCCGAAAGGUGUUCCAUUCAUUUUCAAGGAUGAUCAUCACUGCCUGGCUUUCAUCGAGAAUCGAAUGACCCUAGAACGGUCGGUGCUUGUGGUCCAUGGUGCCCCGGA